AUGAGUGCUGACCGUUCGUUGAUAGUGGUUACAGUAGAAAGUCGGACUCCGUACAAAGUGAUUCGGAACAAAGUAAGAGUGAUCAAGCCUCCUAAUACCUUUGCCACUGCCGCCACUGGUAAUGGUUCAUCUCUCACUGGAGUGACCAAUGCCGGAGCUGAAGAGAUGAUUGAGCCCGUAGCCAAAGAGGCGUCUAGUGUUUCCAAGGUAGGAAAGAAGAAGAAGUAA